AUGCACGGUGGCGGAGUCGACACCGACAAGCACAAUGGGGCAGACUCGGCGUCCCUGCGUGAGAAGGUGAAGCUGCGGCGCGGCGAAAAGUGGCGCAUCCUCAAGAACAUCAUCACCGUGUCGUUCGCCUUCAUGGUGCAGUUUACAGCGUUUCAGGGUACCGCCAAUCUGCAGUCGUCGAUCAACGCCAAGGAUGGGCUCGGCACGGUGUCGCUCAGUGCCAUCUACGCGGCGCUGGUCGUGUCCUGCAUCUUCCUGCCGACGCUGGUGAUUCGCAAGCUGACGGUCAAGUGGACGCUCUGCGUGAGCAUGCUGUGCUACGCCCCGUAUAUAGCGUCGCAGUUCUACCCGCGGUUCUACACGCUGGUGCCGGCCGGCAUCCUGCUCGGCCUUGGUGCCGCCCCGAUGUGGGCCAGUAAGGCGACCUACCUAACCCAGCUAGGCCAGGUCUACGCCAAGCUCACCGACCAGUCGGUAGAGGCGAUCAUUGUGCGCUUCUUCGGGUUCUUCUUCCUCGCCUGGCAGACGGCGGAACUGUGGGGCAACCUGAUCUCCAGCCUCGUGCUCUCGAGUGGUGCGCACGGAGCCGUAUCUUCCGUCUCGUCCAACGGGUCCGAACCGCACGAGGACAUCGACAGCCUGUCGGCGUGCGGUGCCAACUUCUGCGUCGUCGAAACGUCGGACAAUGCCAACCUGCAGCGGCCUCCCGAUUCGGAGAUCUUCGAAAUCUCCGCCAUCUACCUGUCCUGCAUCGUCGCCGCUGUUGUUAUCAUUGCGGUGUUCCUGGAUCCCCUAUCAAGAUAUGGUGAGCGUCGACGCGGUUCGAUCUCGGCUACCGAAAUCUCCGGCAUGCAGCUCCUGUCGGCCACCUUCAAGCAGCUCAAGAAGGUGAACCAGCAGCUGCUGAUCCUCAUCACCGUGUUCAUCGGUAUGGAGCAGGCGUUCAUCGGUGCCGACUUCACGCAGGCGUACGUGUCGUGUGCGCUCGGCAUCCACCAGAUUGGCUACGUGAUGAUCUGCUUCGGCGUGGUGAACGCGAUCUGCUCCAUCAUUUUCGGCUCAGCGAUGAAGUACAUCGGCCGGGUGGUCAUCAUCAUCUUAGGUGCGAUCGUACAUGGAGGCUGUAUCAUCUACCUGCUCUACUGGCGACCGCAUCCAGAUCAUCAGAUCGUCUUCUUUAUCCUCUCCGGCCUGUGGGGGAUCGGGGAUGCCGUCUGGCAGACGCAGAUUAAUGGUUUGUACGGAGCACUCUUCCGCCGGAACAAGGAAGCUGCCUUCUCGAACUACAGGCUGUGGGAGUCGGUUGGUUUCGUCAUCGCCUACGCCUACUCGACGCAGCUCUGCGCACGCAUGAAGCUGUACCUGCUGUUCGGCGUUCUAGUGUGCGGCAUGAUCGGCUACACCAUCGUCGAGAUCCGCCAGCUGAAGAAGGAGAAACGAUUGAAGGAGCUCGAGGAGAUCCCCAAGCAGCAACAGACGGAAGCCGACCGCAAGGCCAUCGAAGACGACGACGAGAAGGACGAGCUGGAGGAGGACAUCGUUGUGACGCAUCUGUAGAGUACCAAGUGCACCGGGCACCCAACAGCACCGGCAUCUUACCGUCAUCUUACCCACAAACACCACCACCAACACCCGAUCCUCCCAACUCGCCCCCGUGUGCAGGCACCGUUGCGUUAACCCUUACCGCUAUACCAAUAUACCAAUGUCAAUCAAUCAUGUUCCACGCUACUUUCACGCGGUAUCGCACCCGAUACGCGGUCAGUACGAUUUGUUCGCAGGUAUGUAUGUUAAGUGGAAUCUAGUAAAAAUAUAUAGGUA